AUGGUGUCUCUGCGAUUUCCGUUCCCGUUUUUCCAACCCCCGAACCCACAACCACCCAACGCAACCACCGCCAACAUCUCCGCCUCGUCCUCCGGAUCUUUCCCCGCUGCCUGGGUCUGCGCUGCAGGAAUUGCGGCCGGAGUAGCUGUCUGUAAAGCCUCAACUGAUCCUUUUCUCCAGACUCCAUUCAAUUCUCUGCUAUCCAAUUUGAUCAAUCGGAAUAAUUUGGCUCCAAUGUUGGGUUCUAUUUCACUCUCGGAUAAUGGGUCAGCUGCUCCGGUGACUGAGACCCGGACCGGAAUGUCAUUUCCCUCUGUGCUCAGUGAUUCCCAGCGACUUCUUGGAGUUGGGUUGAGGAGAAAAUGCAUUUUGGGCUUGAAGAACAUUGAUGUCUACGCUUUUGGAGUCUAUGCUGAUGAUGCUGACAUAAAGAAAGUUUUAAGUGAGAAUUAUGGAAACUUGUCCGUUUCGGAAUUGAAAGAAAUUAAAAAACUACGGGAGGAUCUCAUGGAAAGUGAUGUAUCCAUGACUGUGAGACUUCAGAUUGUUUAUGGCAAGUUAAGCAUAAAGUCUGUAAGAAGUGCAUUUGAAGAUUCAGUUGGAAGCAGAUUGAAGAAAUUCGGAGGAGGAGCUGAUCACAAAGAACUACUUCAGAGGUUUACUUCCCAGUUCAAAGACGAAUACAAAAUUCCUCGUGGAUCUAUCAUAGACCUCUCAAGGGACCAGGGAUACGUUCUUCGCACUAAAAUUGAUGGAAAGGAGGUAGGAAGCAUCGAAAGCAAGCUGCUAUGUCGAUCAAUCCUUGAUUUAUACAUUGGUGAUGAGCCAUUUGAUCAGAAAGCUAAGGAAGAUGUUCAACAGAAUUUGGCAUCGCUUCUCCAGAAGUAG